CCGUGGGUAAAUGGGAAACCUGUACCUGUCUUUUCUCCACGCGCGGGGCCACUGGAGCGUAGAGGAUUCCGGCCUUUCAUUUAACUAUUCCAUUCGGUUUCCUCUUUUUCCGCUGAGCUCCCAGGCUUGGACAAGGCCUUCCAAAUCAGAGGAACCUCAUUCAUUCAUCAAACACCGAAACACCGGACACUGCAGAAUGAUAAGACUUAAGCAUUCUACCCUCACAGCGGCUUUAAAGAUAAAGUUCUGUAUGAACACUUCUUAGACUCUGCGCUAGGCAAAAAGAUGAAUCAAAGGAGACUCCCACUCUCAAAAAGCCCACAGUCUAGUAGGCACAGGUCUCCUAUGGUUUCAUGUUUUACAUUUAAAGUCUCUGAUUCCUUUGGAGUAUCUUCGUUUAAGGGGGCAGCCUCUGGAAGUGUAAAAAGCAGACGGAAUGCACAUUCCAAGAACAGAAGAGGAAUUGAGGAGCUUCUGUGUUGCAACUCACGGGUGAACUGGCAGUCACCUCACCCUUCCCCAUGUUGCAAACAGAGUGAAUAUUUGGUCCAUAACUGGGGACAGUAGAAAGAACACCAGCUUUGGAUCAGUUCAGACCUGUGUCUGCUGCAUAGUUGAAAUCUUGGGCAACUUUUUCAACCUGGCAUGGCAGAAAAACCAGUGUGUAUGCCCACGCAAAUACCCCGUGGUGAAGAUGUACCCAAAGGAGAUAGUGUCCGUUGUUUAACAAUGCUUGGUCAUUUUGGUUUUGAAUGUUUGCCUCAUCAGUUGGUGAACCGAUCUAUCCAACAAGGAUUCUCUUUUAAUAUUCUCUGUGUGGGGGAAACUGGGAUUGGAAAAUCAACACUCAUUGACACAUUAUUCAAUACUAAUCUGAAAGACAAAAAAUCCUCGCAUUUUUACUCAAAUGUUGGACUUAAAAUUCAGACAUAUGAACUUCAGGAAAGUAAUAUUCAGUUGAAAUUAACUGUUGUGAAGACAGUGGGAUAUGGUGAUCAAAUAAACAAAGAAGCCAGCUAUCAACCUGUAGUUGACUAUGUAGAUGCUCAAUUUGAGGCCUAUCUUCAAGAAGAAUUGAAAAUUAAGCGUUCCUUCGUUGACUACCAUGAUUCCCGUAUACAUGUGUGCCUUUACCUCAUUUCACCUACAGGACAUUCUCUGAAGUCCCUUGAUCUAUUAACUAUGAAGAACAUUGACAGUAAGGUGAAUAUCGUGCCAUUGAUUGCCAAAGCAGAUACAAUUUCUAAAAAUGAUUUACAGAAAUUCAAGUGUAAAAUAAUGAGUGAAUUGAUUAGUAAUGGCAUCCAGAUAUAUCAGUUUCCAACAGAAGAUGAAACUACUGCUCAGAUGAACUCCUCAAUGAAUGGACAAUUACCUUUUGCUGUAGUAGGGAGUAUGGAUGAAGUGAAAGUUGGAAAAAGAAUGGUCAGAGGCCGUCAGUACCCUUGGGGAGUUUUACAAGUGGAAAAUGAAAAUCACUGUGAUUUUGUCAAGCUCCGGGAUAUGCUUCUUUGCAUAAAUAUGGAAGACCUGAAAGAACAAACCCACAUUCAGCACUAUGAACGUUAUAGGUGCUGCAAACUGAAAAAAAUGGGCUUUACUGAUGUGGGUCCAGAUAACAAGCCACUUAGUUUUCAAGAGAUCUAUGAAGCCAAAAGACAAAAGUUCUAUGAUCAAUGCCGGAGGGAAGAAGAAGAACUGAAACAAAAGUUUAUGCAGCGAGUAAAGGAGAAAGAAACAACAUUUAAAGAAUCUGAAAAAGAGCUACAGGAAAAGUUUGAGCAUCUUAAAAGAGUCCAACAAGAGGAGACAAUGAAACUUGAGGACGAGAGAAGACAACUGGAAGAAGAAAUAAUAGAUUUUUAUAAAAUGAAGGCUGUUUCUGAAACGUUACAGACUCAAGUGUGCACCAAUAUAAAGAAGGAGAAAGAGCGUAAGAAAUAGUCCUCUCUUCCCUUUCUGUAUAGGGUAGAACCCUGUCACUCUCAAUUCUGUCUUCCUGAGAGACGAUCUUUGUAGUACUGACUGUACUCAUUUUUAAAAUUUGUUUUCUUACUGUAUAUGUUCCCCUCAAGAGCAGGUACCCUGACCAUCUUGUCAGAUUCUGUAUCCUCAGUGUUUAUAAUAAAGACUAGCGGA